AUGGGCCUCGCUGAUGAUGCUCAGCACGAAUUGCUGACUUACUUCAUUUUAGCCAAAGAAUAUGGCCUGAUGAGAAUCGUCGACGACCCUACAAAAUGCGCGUGGCUGGCGAAUGGACACUCACUGGAGCAUUAUUUGAUACGCCAUCAGGACACAGUAGAGUACCGAAAAAAGAUUCGCCUUCUAAAAGUUCGUAUGCUGGAUGGCUCCGUGAAAACGAUUCCAGUGGAUGAGAGCCAACCAGUCGGGCAACUAAUGGUUGGCGUAUGCACGAAAAUAGGUAUCUCCAACUACGAAGAGUAUAGUUUGGUUCGCGCGACAGAACCAGAUGCACGAGGAUCUAUGAUGAAUCUAAAAGACGAUCGAUCUCGUAUUAAUGAUGGAGAAAAGGGAAAGGGAAUGAUGGGCACCCUUGGCAGAAAGAAAGAGCAGAAACUCGAACAACUACGGCAAAAACUGCAUACUGAUGAAGAGAUGGCUUGGGUGGAUCACAGUAAAACGUUGAGAGAGCAGGGUAUCGGAGAGGAUGAGACACUGCUUCUACGACGAAAAUACUUUUUCAGCGAUACAAACGUAGACAGCCGUGAUCCUGUGCAACUGAAUCUGCUUUAUGUGCAAUGCCGUGAUGGAAUACUUCGACAGUAUCUGAAAACAAUAGCAAUCUAUAUUUUUCUAGAGAAAUUAUGUGGAAAGAACAAACUCGUACCACGUCUUCUCGGUGUGAACAAAGAGUGUGUGAUGCGUGUCGACGAGAAGACGAAAGAUGUACUGAAAGAAUGGCCGCUGGAGCAAGUUCGUCGAUGGAACACCUCACCGAGAACAUUCACCUUGGACUUCGGUGACUACCAGGAUGGCUACUACUCCGUGCAAACUUCCGAUGGUGAGAAGAUUGGUCAGCUGAUCGCUGGCUACAUUGACAUUAUCGUGAAAAAGAAGGCAAUGCGUGAUCAUCUUGGAAUUGAGGGAGAUGAAGGUUCCACUAUGCUUGAAGAUGUGGUAGCCCCGGCUAAAGCGACAUUGGCUCAACGUCUUCAUAUUCUUGACACCUAUGAGCAUCCACAACGUGCAUUGGUUGGCACAAUCGAAGCGACGAUCAAAUCGGUGGCGGAAGCGGAAGAGGAGCUGGAACGUGAGCCGCACAUUGAACUGCCACGAUUCCAUGACGAUUAUUCGAAAAGGAAAUGGGUUGAUGAACAAGUCACCAUCAAUAAGGAGAAUGUUAACGAGCGUUUGGCUGCUAUGGGAGCCGCCACUGCUCAGGUGGUGCAAUGGACAGCAGUACAGGAAGAGUAUGAUGAUCGCGUUGGAACCGCCAUUGCAACCAUUGGUUCAAAUCUUCCGGAUGUUGGAAGGAAUGUUCGUGAUUUGGCACAAUUUAUGCCUGAAAGAAGAAGGUAA